GUAUAGAAGUAUUAAAUGGCACCUUUUUGUGUCAGUUCCUAAUGGUGCAAAUUGCCAUAAGAACUCAAAAAUAGAAAAUUGAUCACCAUCAUCUCUUGCAUUCCCAUAAUUCUUCUGGAAUCACCAACUGAAUUAUUAUCCAGAUGAAGAUUCUCUUACAGAAAAAGUUUUAAGGGAUGAACGGAUGGAAAGGGUCAUUCGAUCCAACAACCUUAAGAAAGCUGCUUUCUUGAGCUGUCUCAACACUUCUACUGCGACCCUCUCUGAAGCUAAACAAGCCCACACCCAUGUCAUCAAGGAAGGUCUUUCUUCACAAACCCGUAUUGCCACCAAGCUUCUCUCUAUUUACGCAAAUCACCAGUGCUUCACCGAUGCAUACAGUCUCCUCUGUCGUAUCCCUGAGCCGGAUAUCCUCUCCUUCGCGAGCCUCAUCAAUGCUUGUUCUAAGUUCGAUCGGUUUUCGGACGCCCUUAAGGUGUUCGUUAGAAUGCUUGGAAGAAGCGUUUUUCCAGAUGCCCGCAUCCUUCCUACUGCGAUCAAAGCUUGCGCUGGAUUGUCAGCCCUUGAAUUGGGUCGACAAGUCCAUGCCUUUGGGGUGACUUCUGGGCUUAUGUUGGAUUCAUUUGUGGAAUCGUCUUUGGUUCAUAUGUAUGUUAAGUGUGAUGAAUUGAAUUAUGCUCGUAAGGUGCUGGCUAGAAUGUCCGAGCCAGAUGUGGCUUCUUGUAGUGCAUUGGCUUCUGGGUAUGCGAAGAAAGGUGACGUGGGUAAUGCCAAUGUGUUAAUUAGGGAGAUGGAAAAACAGGGCAUUCAACCUAAUUUGAUCUCCUGGAAUGGUAUGAUUUCUGGGUUUAAUCAGAGUGGGGCAUUUUCCGAGGCCAUUGGUGUCUUUAAGGUGAUGCAUUCUGGUGGGUUCAAGUGUGAUGGGGUUAGCCUUUCUUGUGCCCUCGCUGCGGUGGGAGAUUUGGAGGAUCUGAUCGUGGGUGUUCAGAUUCACGGUUGUGUAAUCAAACUUGGAUUUAGAUCUGAUAAGUACGUCGUUAGUUCCCUGUUAGAUAUGUAUGGAAAAUGUGGAUGUGCGUCGGAUAUCAUUCCCGUGUUUGAAGAAAUUGAUCACAAGGAUGUUGGUGCUUGCAAUGCAUUGAUUGCUAGCCUAUCUCGAGCCGGUAUGGUCGCUGAGGCGGUCAAGACUUUUAAACAAUGUCAGGAACAAGGGAUAGAGUUGGAUGUAGUUUCUUGGACCUCUUUGAUUGCUGGGUGCAUGCAGAAUGGCAAUGAUAUCGAGGCUGUAGAUCUUUUCAGAGAGAUGCAGGUGGCUGGGAUAGAACCAAAUUAUGUAACUAUCCCCUGUUUGCUUACUGCUUGUGCUAGUAUUGCUGCACUAGCACAUGGGAAAGCAGCUCACUGCUUUUCUCUCAAGAGGGGUUUCUCUGAUGAUUUGUAUGUGUGUAGUGCUCUUAUUGAUAUGUAUGCAAAUUGUGGAAGGAUCCAAGCUGCUAGAAGAUGCUUUGAUUGGGAGCCUAGUCGCAAUUUGGUCUGUUGGAACGCGAUGAUUAGUGGAUAUGCAAUGCAUGGGAGAGUUAAGGAAGCAAUUGACAUCUUCCACUUGAUGCAAAGCAGUGGACACAAACCCGACUUUGUUAGUUUCACAAGUGUUCUGUCUGCUUGUAGCCAACGUGGGCUUGUGGAAGAAGGGAAGAGAUUCUUCAGCAGCAUGUCUGCGGACUUUGGAAUUAAACCUAGGAUGGAGCAUUAUGCUUGUAUGGUUAGCCUUUUGGGUCGCACAGGUAAGCUUGAAGAAUCUUAUUCCUUGAUCAAAGAUAUGCCAUUUGCGCCUGAUGCAUGUGUGUGGGGCGCCUUAUUAAGCUCUUGUCGCGUUCACCAAAACACCCGCUUAGGAAAAGUUGCAGCCAAUGCUCUAUUCGAGCUGGAACCAAACAAUUCUGGAAAUUAUAUCCUCCUAUCAAACAUUUACGCUGCUAAAGGAAAAUGGAACGAGGUUCACAAAGUUAGGGAUAUGAUGAAAUCGAUAGGAAUAAGGAAAAAUCCAGGAUGUAGCUGGAUUGAGGUGAAGAACAAAGUGCACACGCUUUUAGCUGGAGAUUCUUCACACCCUCAAAUGAAGCAAAUUUUAGAAAAGGUAAAUAAGUUAAGCAUGGAAAUGAAAAUGGCAGGUUAUUUGCCGGAUACCAAAUUUGUAUUGCAAGAUGUUGAAGAACUUGAGGAGAGGGAACACAUAUUAUGUGGCCACAGUGAGAAACUGGCCAUAGUUUUUGGGAUUUUGAAUACAAAUCCAGGGACUUCUUUAACUGUGAUGAAGAACCUUAGAAUAUGUGGCGAUUGCCACACUUCAAUCAAAUUCAUAUCAAGUUUUGAAGAAAGGGAAAUUUUAGUUAGGGACACAAAUAGAUUCCAUCACUUCAAGGAUGGCAUGUGUUCCUGUGAAGACUUGUGGUGACGAUAGCAAGAUGGAGAUCCUCUGUCCGACUUACAUAUGACGUUGAUGCCGGUUCCAUUAGAUCAGGAUGAAGGCACUUUUUAGGUUAGAAUAUGUAGUAUACGAUGUUGUUAAUUCCGCGAACACGAUUUGAUAUUACCAUAGUGAUACAUGAUCUGAUGUUUUCAGUUUACCCCCUUGAUUACCAAGAGAAACAGGAUUUGAGGUUGCCCUUUUUAGGCUUGCAUCUUGUUUUCCAGUACAAAGCUGAUGCGUAAAAGUGAGGAACGCUGAAAAGAAUAUGGUAUGCUUUCGUCUUCAUUCCUAACCUGUUUCAACAACCGUGGGUUUGCUAUAUGAAAUGCUGAUAAUUAAACCCAGGCAUCAUUCUUCAAUUAUUAAAUGUUACUUUAGGUUUCCUUUUCUCUGUCCAUUUCAUAGUGGUAGAAGAAAUCAAAUCCCUGGUCCUAAAGAUGG